AAAUUAUUAUUUAAUUUUGUUUAUCUUAAUGAUUCAUUAGAUUUACAAAUAUUAAAAUAUAUUUAAUCCCCUUCUUAUUAUCCAAAAAGGGCAUAUAGUAUUUAAAUUAUAUUUUAUUUUUUUAUUUCUGAUUAAUUAAUAUUCAUUUAUUAUCUAUAAAUAAAAGAAAGUCUUGAAAUUUCUUUACAUUUCAAUUUAUUAAUUUAUUAAGUGAUAUCAAAAAUAUUAUCCCUUAUUUAUUUUUUAUAAUUAAACUUUUCUAAAUAUUCUUUAGGGAAAAUAUCAAUAUUAAAAGCUAUAUUUUCUAAAUUAAUUCUAUUAGAUAUUUUUACAAUAUUGUUUUUUAUAUUUUCCACUUUUAUAUUUUCUAAAGAAUUAUAUUAUUUCCUAAUUUCCCCUUUUUUAAAUGUCUCAUUUAAUAUAAGUUAAUGAUUUUCUAUUUAAAUUUGAUAUUAAGCCCAUUUUAUUAAAAA